UCAGACUAGUGUGUGGUCGGAAUUAUUUGAGAGUUACACAGGAACUUCAAUUGAAUGCCGAAAAGCUUCAUCCAGGGAAUUGUUGAUAGAGGAAUAUUCUGUCUUUUCCCCCCCCAUACUUGACGGCUUUUACUUUUUUUUGCAUUUAUUCACCGCGUGUGUCCGAGCAACACAAAAGCCACAAUGCUGAUUAAAGUUAAGACUCUGACUGGAAAAGAAAUAGAAAUCGACAUCGAGCCAACAGACAAGGUGGAGAGAAUAAAAGAGAGAGUGGAGGAAAAGGAGGGAAUUCCACCCCAGCAACAGCGACUCAUCUACAGUGGAAAACAGAUGAACGAUGAGAAAACAGCAGCAGAUUAUAAAAUCCAAGGUGGCUCUGUAUUGCAUCUGGUCCUUGCGCUAAGAGGAGGGCGAAUGCACCAACACCCUAACAACCUCCUGCAGGCCUUAUAAACACCUGCCCUGCCUUCAGCAGCACACGUGACCUGGCAGCCUCAACACACACGCCACACUCCCCUGAAACCAUCACCUGACCCAAGCUCCACAGUGGCGACUCUGCUGGCUAUUGUGUAACAAAGUCCCUAUGCUCCGUAGCAAACUACAGCAUCUUCCUGUCCUCAUCCCUCUCCCCCUAAUUUAUCCUUCUUAGAGAACUGUCACGCUUGGUUCGUUCAGUUUACAGAGUGAUGCAGAAAAAUAAAUCAUUGUUAAAAUCAAACUGAUGCAAUAGGAUUGUCAGUCAAUAAAAUACAGUAUUGACAUUUUUUCCCCCUUGA